AUGGCCUCGCGCCGACCCAACAACACAGCGGUGGCAGCCACACUUUCACUCGAAAUCAUGGCGACGAUUUUCGCGUUCGCUUUACCCGUCAUGGACGCUCAAGGUCGCGCGACCUUCCUCGCCAUUCGCCAAGUCUGCCACGCAUGGCGCACCGCUUGCUUCAGAAUCCACGAUCUUUGGACCUCGCUCACGAUCGAGACGUUCAAGGUCGACAAUAAUGGGCGUCGAUCGAGCGUCCUUCACCUCAACAAGUUCGCGGACAAGAUCGUAGCUUGGUUCAGUCGCGCUGGGAACUCGCGUCUUCUAUCGCUCCGUAUCAACGCCGUGCCACUCAGUCCUUUCGAAGAAGGCGAUAGUGCUUUUGUUCGCUAUGGGGACAGCGGUUGCCUCUGCGGCCUGCGUCAAAGUUAUGACCGCAACUACUUUCCCCCGCGCAAAGACUCGUUUGCUGGUAUCGAAGCUGCCAUCAACACAUACGCGUCCCGUAUCGAGUCCCUGGAGUUUAACGUGUGCUCGAUCACCUUCUUUGGAAUGAUGCGCCACCUCCCCCUCGACAAGUUCACCAACCUUCGCUCCUUCAAGGGCCUACCUUACAGAGAUCCCAGCAUGAAAAUCUACAAAGACGGCACCAGAGGCAAAAACCAACAGCGCCAACUUGAGCUCGCGAUCGACAACCUUCGCAACGCGACCUCUAUCCGAGAAUUGGUCGUCCCAUCUUUCGAGCCCUGGAUAACUGAAGGUCGGUUCGCCAUGUCGUCUCUUACCGAACUCGAUGUUCUUGAAGGGUUAGCUCUAAGCCCAGAGCACGUCGCUCUCGUCAACAGCAUGGAGUCUCUCCGAACUCUCAAGAUCACGCUCCAUCGCCUCGUUUCUCCACGACCUCAGGGCGCCGGCCAACAGCCCAGUGGAACGAUUCAGCUGGAGAGGAUCACGACGCUUUAUCUGCGCUCCAGUCUCCGGACACUCGGCGAGUGGCUCAGAGUCCCACAUAUCAAGUGUCCCACCCUCACUUCGCUCCACCUACACAUUACCGCUCAUCUCUGCGAGUUUACAAUCUCUGACGACCCGGAGCGGGAUAUGAACGUCUACGAGGCACUCACCGAGUAUAUCCGCAACAUGGACUCUUCUCAGUUGAAGGCGCUCACCCUGUCUGGCCGCGGUUCGUACGGCGUCUCCCAACUCCUCCGCGAGUCUGGCGGCAUUCUUGAAGGAAUCGCUUCGGUUAGUUUGGAAGAAACACCUGAAGACGAUGAUGAGUUGGUCAUCCCGGAUACGGACUAUCUCCAGCCUGGUCUACCCGAUGUAGUACAGAGCCCACCCGGCGAAUCUGAAGGCGAAUCGGAGCCGGUAGGCUUCGGCCAGGCCAGUAUCGAUUUUCCCCUCAAUUGGGAAUGGCCGCUCGAUCCUCUCACCAUCUUUUUGGAUGAGGAGACCGACUAG